UAGUCCGCGAACGCGUUCGCAGUCUCCGCAGGCUCCGCGCGGAGACCCGUGGACUCGCCUGCGAAGGUGGCGGGGGCCUGCGGGGCUCGAGGAGCUGGGCCCGGGGUUGGCCCCGGGCAGGGAUGGAGCAGAGCGCGAGCAACCGGUAUGGCCUGCCGCUGCUGCUAGGGCAGCUGCUGGCGCUUAUGGGCCAUGGGGGGGCCUUCUACCUCGAGGUCCGCGAGCUGGAAGAGAAGUGCUUCAUCCAGGAGAUCCCCGAUGGUACCGUGGUCAUAGGUAACUACAAGACUGAGCUAUACGACCCUGCUAUGGAAAAGUACCAGCCCUCCCCACAGUGGAUCAAUUUGUUCGUGUUUGUGAAGGACCCUGAGAACAAGAACCUCCUGGCCCGGCAGUACGGCCCUCAGGGAAGCUUCACCUUCACCUCUCAGUCUCCAGGAGAGCACCAGAUCUGCCUCCACCUCGAGUCCAUCCGGUUCGCCCUCUUCUAUGAUGGCAAGCUGGCCAUUCACUUGGACAUGCAGUUGGGCGAACACACCAAUGAUUAUGCAGAAUUUGCGGCCAAGGACAAGCUGACCCAGCUGCAUCUGCGCCUACAGCAGCUUGUGGAACAGGUGGAGUUGAUCCAGAAGGAGCAGGAGUACCAGAGGUGGCGAGAGGAGCGCUUCCGGCAGACAAGCGAGAGCACCAACCAACAGGUGCUGUGGUGGUCCAUUAUGCAGACCCUCAUCCUGGUUGCCGCCGGUGUCUGGCAGAUGCGGCACCUCAAGAGUUUCUUUAAAGCCAAGAAGUUGGUGUAGGCGGGCCCCAGAAACCUAGCCCGAACUCAUUCCCUUUCUCUUAACUGAUGGCAAGUGGCCUGGCCUGGUGUACUUCCUGGCUUCGGAUUCCCACAACCCCACGGGGGUGGGGGUGGGGGUGACGGAGGACCUCUUUGAACUGGUUUCUCAGCUGGCACUUGGGAGAGGAUGGGUUUCCUGCCAGAUGCUUGGCUGGGGAGCUGCAGGAUUCUCUGGGGCUCUGGGCUGCUGAGGAGGAAGGGAGGGUGCCCCCACCCCCUAUGGCUAACCUCGAUGAACUGUCCCAAGAUGGAGAGAAUUAAGAGUGUCUAUAAACUGCCAACUUUCUGACCUGAA